GCGAAACUCUUCUUACCAGGGUGUUCAGUAAACUUGCGGCCAGGGAGCGCAUCCAGGCAGGAGUGCCUCGCUGCGGAGGUGUUUCCCUCGCUGUGUUACACCCGCUGUGCUUCAGUCUCCCUCAGAUGAUCCGGUGCUGCUGGGGCAGGGAUGCUGGGAUGGUACCCCAGUCUUUGGCACACACCUCGCAAUCCUGAAUCAGCAGUGUGAGGGGUUUGCAGGGGCACGUCCUGGAGGAAAGAUCCCUUUCCAUCCGCCACAUUCCCUGCCCCGGUCUGAUCCAGGCGAGCUGGUUCCGCUCUGUUACCAGAGUCCACUCUGCUGGGCAGGGCUGAGCCGGGAGGGCAGAGCGGCUGGAGGGGCAGGAGAGGCUGUGGAGGAGGACAGUGCACCCCAAAAGGAGGGUGUGAGCUGAGCACCCCAAGUGUCGGCACGGGGAGCGAGAGGUGCUGUGCUGGUGCUGUGCACCCCCGAGGAAGUGAGGGAUAAGGACUUCAUCUAUCCCCACGGGAAGCAGCCGGUGGUUUAACAUCCCAGUGAACGCUGUAAUCACACGUGAUGCUGGACAAAGUAUUUAAUGGCCUAGAUAAAAGUAUUCGGGUUGUUUAAUUGCUGCUUUACAUAGACCUACUGCCCUACUUUUACGAGGUUUAGAAUUGUGCUGAGAAAUUGUUUCCAUGGAAGCAGAGAUCACUAAAGAAAUAAUGCACUCCACAUUUCCUACAGGAUUAUUCCUUUUACAGCCUGCUGUUCUAAAUAAUUAACUCUUGUAGUACUGUUGCAGCUUAGCAUGGAUUAAAAGAAAUAAUAUUUUUUUGGUGUCAUGGAGGCAUUACAUUUUUAAAUAUAUAUAAUAUAUAUAAGUAGUUGGAUAUAUAUAUAUAGUUGGAAAAACUUGUCUUUAAAGUAAGUCUGUUCCUUCCUUAUUUACAGAGGGGUAAAUCCACCAGUAAAAGAAAAAGUCAAUGAAGAAGUGCACUUUUAUUUUGAACUAUAUUUCACAUUUGGCAUUUAAAUAAUGUGAAAUAAAAUAUAGACAAGAUAUGAGGAGGUAGGUGAUAGUUAAAUGGAUUUUGACUUUGAAGGAGGGAUGUGAAAAUUAAAAGAAAAAAGGACAUUAUUGUACUGUGGGUAAAUGAAUGACUUAGAAAUGGGAAAAGAGUUGCUAAACUAUUAUAGAAUCAUCAACAUGACAAAUUGACUUACCUGGCAGUUUUAAUAAUAGUUUUAGCUGUAGAUCUCAAUUAUUUUCCAAGAAAGCUAACUGCAGUCAUUAUUACCGGAAGGAAUAUCCAGAUUGUGUCCUGCUUUGGCAGAGGGUAUUUACAUCCCAUUUCCAUGUGGAGCUCUGAUUUUACACCUAUUCCCUGGCAGGCAGGGUUCUUCCCAGUGUGCACAGAGCCAUGGGUGCAGGAGCUGGCAGGCACUGGAAGUGGGGCAGCACACAGGGAGGAGCUGACUGCAAGGCACGUGGCUGGGAGUGCAGUGCUCUGCUCUGUGGUCAUUACUGGUCUCAAAAUAAUGAAGAGUCUGACAGGGUUUGACAAAUCAGAUGAAUGGAAAUGACUUAAUGCAAACUGCAAGAUCUUUGUCAGCUGCUGCCAAAGCAAAUGGAAAUGGUAAGACGGGUUUGUAGAUCACUGGGAGAGUUGGGAACCACUGGAAUGUUCUGUGAAAGGCAUUAUUAAAGUUCAGAUUGAAAAAUUUUUAAGAAAUAACAAACAACUUUGUAAGGGUAACAUAAGCAUGGAAAUCAGUAUUCCUAGUGCUGCCUUGUGCCAAAGGGAUGAGCAUGUGCCAAAGGGAAGGUGGGAGAGAAGCUUUCCAUGCUGGAAAAUGAGGCUGAUUUCUGCAGGAGAGCAGCCAUCAACCUGGUCAGCUGUGGUUCCUCUUGAAUCAGCAGUUGCUCCAGGCAGCAACCAGCAAACUCCCAAAGGCUUUAUUUAAUAAAGCUGUGAAAGUAGAAAGUCCAUAACUGAUAAGAAUCUAGACAGUGGAAUGACAGAGAUGCUGUGCAGUGACAGAGACAGGAACAACCAUGAUGGAAGUGGAGGAGUAGGAUUUCCUGCAGAAGAGGAAGAACCUCUUUAAACAGCCAUUUGCAUACAAUCCAUACAAAAUCUAAAGAAGGAAAAGGGCCAGCUGCUUGUCUUUAAUCCAUAACGGAAGCCAUGGCAGGAGCUUGGCUGCUGUCUCUUUCUUCCCUGUUGUUUCCUCAUCAAGCAGGAGCGAGGGAGGCAGCUGGAGGCAGGCGCCACUCCCUGAGAAGUAACAGGGAGCUGGGAAGCUGUUGACUGGGAUUUGGGAAGGAGAUGCCAGUUGUUUUGGAAGAAGAACCUGUUUGGUGGGUCUGAUUUGAAUCAAUAAAGGGAGCAGCACGCCAGUGUAGGAAUGAGCAGCCUCCGCCAGUGGAUUAAAGCUUUGGAUGCUGCCUGCUGUCGCUCAGGACUUGAUCUGUGCUUUUCUCCUGCACUAUGGAGCCUCUCUUCGGGGCUGUGCUGGGUUUGAUUCUGGCAGUCGCUUCACCAGCCCACGACAGCUGUACCUGUGAGACCAACAAGUGGGCAGUGUGUGCCCAGGAUGGCCCAGGGAACUGCACCUGCAGGCUGGCAGGUUCAGAUCACCCUGUAGACUGCUCAACCCUGACUUCGAAAUGCUUCCUGAUGAAGGCAGAAAUGAUCCCCCUGAAGGAGAAGCGCCUCUGGAGACCUCCCCAGGCGGUGUCAGACAGCGAUGGCAUUUACAACCCUGACUGCGAGGACAGCGGUGUGUUUAAAGCCAGGCAGUGCAACCAGUCCAGCACCUGCUGGUGCGUGAACACCGCGGGCGUGCGCAGGACGGAGAAGGGAGGCAGGAGCCUGAGCUGCAGCGAGCUGGUCCGGACGCGGUGGAUCUACAUUGAGCUGACACACAAGAGGAGCUCCAGUGCCUUCGCUGUUCCCGACGUGGCAAAGGCCCUGACGCAGCUGUUUGAGAGCAGGUACAAGCUGCACCCCAAGUACAUCGCGGCCAUCAAGUACGACCCCCCCCUUAUCCAAAUCCGCCUGGACCAGAACAAGAAACCCAGCUGGGAUGUAGAUAUAGCUGACGUGGCCUAUUACUUUGAAAAGGACGUGAACAAUGACUCCGUGUUCCCUUCCAACAGUAAAUUAACUGUCUCAGUCAAUGGAGAUGCUCUGGCUAUUGAAAAGCUCUGGAUUUACUAUGUGGAUGAAAAGCCCCCAGAGUUCUGCAUGAGGCAGCUGGCAGCUGGCAUUAGUGCUGUGGUCACCGUGGUGGUCCUCACUGCUGGCAUUGGCAUUGCCGUGCUGCUCGUCCUCAGGUGGCUGCGCACAAGGACAUAUAAAAAAUUUGAGUGUAAAGAAAUGAGGGAAAUGAAAGCCUCCAGCUUAGAACUGCCCUGAGCUGAAAGAAGAACAGCAACUACAGGAAGAAAAGGAAAAAAAAGGCACAAAAUACAAAGAACAGACUUGGUGUAUGCGAUGGAUUUGGAGUUUUUUCCUUCCUACAGGAAUUUGUACAGUGAAUGUUCUAAGUUAUUCUUGUUUAGUAAGAAUAAAUUUUUGGGUUAUAAAUGAAUUUGGGAGUCAGUUACCUAAAUAUUUUAAAUGACUCCUACUUUGGAGGGUAAGAAAACUGUUACAGCUGUCUAUUUAACAUAACACAGAAGCCUUUCACUCCUGCUGCAGGCCUGGCUCAGAUUGCUUAAAUACUUAAAUACUCUGUGGGGUUCUUGAUGUAUCUAUUUACUGAAAUUAAAACACUUGCCUCAGCAUAUCUGGGCUAUAUUGCUGCUUUCCUCAUGGUAGACUUUUUUAAAAUGCAGUUUGUUUUUAGUUCACGAGGGCUUUGAAAAACAAAAGUUUCUGGUUCAACAUACACCAUUUCCAUUUGACCUCACACUUGCU